UGUUCCAAUCCCCUCCAUAUCAUAUGAUUCAGGUGUUCCAAUCCCCUCCAUAUCAUGUGAUUCAGAUGUUCCAAUCCCCUCCAUGGACACAGGUGUAUACAAUCAAGCCCUAGGCAUGCAGACUGCUUUUACAAACAUUGGUGAAAGAAUGGGUCGCUCUCAGGAGCUCAGUGACUCCAAGCGUGGUCCCGUGAUAGGUGGCCACCUGGGCAAUAAGUCCAUCCGUGACAUUUCCUGGCUACUAAAUAUUCCACGCUCAACUGUUAGUGGGAUUUAUAACAAAGUGGAAGCCACUGGGAACAACAGCCACUCAGCCACCAAGUGGUAGGCCACGUCACAUGACAGGGUGGGGUCAGCGCAUGCUGAAGCGCACAGUGCGCAGAAGUCACCAACUGUCUGCAGAGUCAAUAGCUAAAGACCUCCAAACUUGGUGUGGCCUUCAGAUGAGCCCAACAACAGUGUGUAGAGAGCUUCAUGGAAUGGGUUUCCAUGGCCGAGCAGCUGCAUCCAAG